UCACUCUUUCGGUUUCUCCCAAACCGUCGAUCUCUUUCUUCAAUUUCUAUCUCCCCUGUGAUCUGAUUAAAUCGCUCAUCAUUCUUUCUCAAUGACUCUCAUAAAUUCUUGAUGAGAAGCUUUGGCACAAGCAACCUAGCCCGACGUUCUUUCUCCUCCAGUCAACUCUCUCACGAAGUCUCUCCUAUAGAAGUGAGUCCUGAAUCUUUUCCAACUUUUGAUUUGGUUCUGUUUAUGUCUUCUAUUGAUUGAAUGUUAUAGGUUUUAGAUUUCUCCAAAAUUAAUAUUUUAGUAUAUUUAAUUCAGGAUUGAAUGUUAGUUUUUUUAACUUUCCAGUAUUGGCAACAAUCUUUGAUUAUACACAAGCAGAAUAUAUAUAUAGUUUGAGAAUCAUACAGACGGUAGAUUUUGAGAAUCAUGUUGCUCUAUAACUUAUACAUCUCUAUGUCUGUUUGUUGCUUUUGUUUCCAAAUGCAUAAUGGUCUCUACAUCUCUUUCGCUUGAUAUUGUUGUGAGAUCAUUUGUUCUGUAGUUCAUCGUAACCAACCGUGUCUCUCUUGGUGAAGAUAUGGACAAAAUUACUUCUUUGGUUCAAUAUGGAGGAAAGUGGAAUGAAAACAACGAGUACCAAGGGUACACAAUGACUGGGAUAUUAAUAUCAUCAAAUUGUUCUCUUGACAACUUGGUGAAUUUGAUAAAAAAAAAAAGGAGAUAAAGGAAAAAACAACAACUAUUGAAGUUUCUUAUCAAGUAGAUAAAGGAACACCACCAAUGAAGGUUGUAACAGACAAUUCAGUGUUGUUCUUCCUGGAAAUAAAGAAAAAAGUUGCUGCAAAAAUAACAUACUUACCAUUGUGUGUCACUAUAGUUCAAGAAUCAAGCAAUGAAAAUGACCUUCUUCUACUAGCAAAUCAGAAAGCUACAGGAGAAGAAAUGGAGGUGGGGACAUUAUUAAUGCAAGCAAACCAAGCUUCCAUCAAUGAACAAAUGUUACUUGAAGAAGGAAUGGCAAGCACAACAAAUGAGGGCAUAAAUGUGUCAUACAUACCUCAUUUUGUUGAAGUAGUAGUUGAUUUCAUAAUUGAGGACAAUACAAAAAGAAAAAAGAAGUUGGAGGAAUUCCAAAUAGUAAUAUCUUAUUAGAGAGUCAACACAAUAGAGCAAGGGAAAAUUUACAAGGAUAAGAACACAAUCAAAUCAGCUCUUAGCUACUAUGUAAUGUUGCAUAAUUUCUAGUUCAAAACAAAAAGAUCAGAACCUAGAAAGUACCUAGUUACUUGCGCAGAUGAAACAUGCAACUGGUUGGUGAGAACAUCUAAAUACAGAAAUCAAGAUUUAUUCAAGGUACGGAAAUGCAAUCCAAAUCACACUUGCUCUGUUGAAAUUGUUUUGGAAGACCAUAGGCAAGCAAAAAGCAUCGUAGUUGGGGAAUUAAUAAAGAAUACGUACAAGUCAAUCAAAAGAAAAUACACUCCAAAUGACAUCAUGAAUGAUAUGAAUGAUGACUUCGGAGUAACUAUGGGAUACACAAAAGCAUGGAGAUAAAGAGAGAAAGCUUUGCGUCUAGUAAGAGGGAACCCCAAUGAUUCAUAUCAAAAGUUGCCAAUAUAUCUUUACAUGUUGAAGCAAGCCAAUCCAGGAACAAUAACACACCUACUCACAGACAAGGAAGAUAGAUUCAAAUACCUAUACAUAGUUUUCUUUAACUCAAUUAAGGGUUGGAGAUACUUGAGGCUUAUAAUUGUUGUUGAUGGAACUUUCUUGAAAAAUGCACAUGGAGGUACCCUAUUUUCAACAUCAACGUUAGAUUCAAACAACACAUUUUUGUGUUGGCUUUUGGAAUAGCAGACUCUGAAAAUGAUAACUCAUGGCUUUGGUUCUUCUCCAAACUGAGAGACACCUAUGGAGAGCCCAAAGGAUUGGCUAUAGUUUCUGACAGACACAAGAGCAUAGACAAUGCAGUACAUAUGGUGUACCCAAAUGCUUUCCAUGGAGCUUGCAUGUUUCACUUGCUCAAUAAUUUGAAAAGAAAGUAUGGAAGCCAUGGAGAAGAGCUACAAAUGAAAUUCAUUGCAGCAGCAAAAGCAUACACAAAAACAGAAUGUGAACACUACAUGAGAGGCCUUGAUAGAAUUAGCAGACGCAUUAGACCCUAUUUAGAAAAAGCCAAGAUGAAACUUGGGCAAGAUCAUACUCGCCAACAAAAAGAUACAACAUGAUGACAUCCAACAUCGCAGAAUCACUCAACGUUGCACUAAAAGCUGCAAGAAAUCUCCCCAUUGAUAUCUUGGUUGAAUGCCUUAGAAGUUUGGUUCAAAAAUGGAUUUGGAACAACUCAAAUAAUGCAAACGGAACAUUCACAAAAGUCUCUAUAGCAACAGAGAAUGAGCUGAAACAUGACAUAGUUUCAAAAAUGAAGUAUGAGGUCUUGCCUUUCAACACAAUAGAAUAUCAAGUUCGUGAUCAACUGGGGAUAAAUUUUACAGUAAAUAUACAUAAUAGAACAUGUACUUGCAAUAGGUUCCAAGAAGAUGAAAUGCCUUGUGGCCAUGCAGUAGCUGUCAUUGCAAGGAGAAACUUGAGUGUGUAUGAUUAUUGUGCAAAGUUCUACAGAACAGAAACGUUGAAAGAAUUGUAUCAAGAAAAUGUUCGUCAUUUGCCCCAUAAAGAUGAAUGGAAUCUCCCACAACACUUGGACAUAUUGCUGAUGCCUCCAAAUGCAACAAUCCCUGCAUGAAGACCAAGAAAGAAAAGAAUAAGAUCAAGAGGGGAACCUAAAGUAAUAAUUACCUGUGGGAAAUGUGGGCAACCAGUACAUAACAGGAAGACUUGCAGGAAUCCUCCAAUUGAGAAGCCAAACAAACAGAAAAAGCCAAAGACAUAUAUUCAUAUUUUACAGCAAAACAAACCUUUCAUAGCUUUAUUCAUUGAAAGAGUGACUUUCAUAUUCAUCAAGUAUCAUUCAGUAUUUCAAAUAAGAUUGUUUCAAAUUUAAACACAUGGACUGAUUAUGCAAACUUAUAAAAUCCUUUCAAAAUAAUUUUGUAAUGCCCCGAAUUUCCUAAUAAGGUUUAGGACUUUGAUUAGGAGGCCGGG